CCGGGCGGUCCUGGGCGGCCUCUCGCAGACGGACUCCCGUGACUACAGCUUGGUGACGGCCAGCUGUGGCUUUGGCAAAGAUUUCCGCAAGGGCAUCCUCAAGAAAGGCAUGUGCUACGGGGAUGACGCCUGCUUCGUGGCCCGGCACCGGACGGCAGAUGUGCUGGGGGUAGCAGAUGGUGUAGGUGGCUGGAGAGACUAUGGGGUUGAUCCUUCUCAGUUCUCAGGGACUCUCAUGCGAACGUGUGAACGUUUAGUGAAAGAAGGACGGUUUGUUCCAAGUAACCCUGUUGGGAUUCUCACCGCAGGUUAUUGUGAGCUGCUGCAGAACAAAGUACCUUUGCUUGGAAGCAGUACAGCUUGUAUAGUAGUUCUGGACAGAACGAGUCAUCGUUUACAUACAGCCAACUUGGGAGAUUCUGGAUUUUUGGUAGUCAGAGGAGGAGAAGUAGUCCAUCGAUCUGAUGAGCAGCAGCAUUACUUCAACACUCCCUUCCAGCUGUCAAUAGCUCCACCAGAAGCAGAAGGAGUUGUCUUAAGUGACAGCCCUGAUGCUGCCGAUAGCACGUCUUUUGAUGUCCAACUUGGAGACAUUAUUUUGACUGCAACAGAUGGACUGUUUGACAACAUGCCUGACUACAUGAUCCUGCAGGAGCUAAAAAAGCUGAAGAACUCCAACUACGAGAGCAUACAGCAGACUGCACGAAGCAUUGCUGAGCAAGCUCACGAGCUGGCAUAUGAUCCCACUUACAUGUCGCCGUUUGCACAGUUUGCAUGUGACAAUGGAUUGAAUGUGAGAGGGGGAAAACCAGACGACAUCACCGUCCUUCUGUCCAUUGUAGCCGAGUACACAGACUGAUGUGUCCCCGUGUCGGCUCCUGAUGU